GCAUCAGGAUGCGAUAUUGUGGUUUUGGGGACUGACUUUGAAAGAUUACAGAUAAUCCCUGGAGCAAAACAUGGAAACAUUCAAGUGGGAUGUGUGGACUGUUCAAUGCAACAGGGGAAGAUUGCAGCUUCUUAUGGAAAUGUGAUUUGUAUCUUUGAGCCAGUUAGCCUUUUGAACCAGAAGAGCAGUCAUCAUACCAGACUACAUUAUCAGUGGCAGAAGAAUGCUCAAAUCCUACUAGAAGCAAUAGCACAUAAUUUAACAUGGGAUCCCACAGGUACUCGCCUUUUGACUGGUUCCAGUUGUCUUCAGCUUUGGUCUAACAGUCACUUGGAAAACUCUUCUGACAAUGGGAAUGCUGAAAGAAAAGAUGUUGGCACUGGUGAAUGGAGAUGUAUUUGGCAAUGCAAAACAGCUUCUCAAGUUUGUUUAAUGAAGUUCUCACCAGAUGGAGAGUUUUUUGCCACUGCUGGAAAGGAUGAUUGUCUUGUGAAAGUAUGGUACAAUGCAGACAGCUGGAGGUCAUCUGUAACACCUCCUGGUGCAAGUCCAGGAAAACAAGCACAAGAAGUUGAUUUUUCAUUUGUUUAUUUGGCCCAUCCUCGAUCAGUAAAUGCAUUUUCGUGGAGGAAGACCAGCAAAUUCAUGCCACGUGGUGCUGUCUGCAACGUGCUCCUGACUUGCUGUAAGGAUAAUGUAUGUCGUCUCUGGGCAGAGACUUUGUUACCCAAUGAUAGUCUGUUGUAUGGUGGUGGAUACAAUAAUUGGACUGAAGGAAUGAACUUAAAUAACUUCAAGAGAAAUACUUCAAGUAAGGAACGAAUGCAAAAUGCUUUAGAGUUAAACCUGAGGCACUUCCGACGGGGUAGGAGGAGGUCGGGUGCUGUAGUAGCACAUACUGGAUACUCUCCGCAUCAGCAGGAUCCUCAUGAAGUUCACAGGAACAUUCCUCCUCAUGCAAAUGCACUCUGUCACUUUCAUAUUGCUGCCAGCAUCAAUCCAGCCACAGAUAUUCCUCUACUUCCUUCUAUCACAUCUCUGAGUCUUGGUGAAAAUGAAGAAAAAAAUGGACCUUUUGUUGUGCAUUGGCUCAACAAUAAAGAGCUUCAUUUUACUUUAUCCAUGGAAGUGUUUUUGCAACAACUUAAAAAGAGCUUGGAACAUCACUCUCCUGAGACCAAUGCUGAGGAAUUUAAUCAAGUGGAUGGCAAAUCAGAAGAAGCAGCUAAUGAAAAUGGAGCUGAACAAAAAGGAAACCAAGAAAAGAGGGAACUGGGUGAUGAGAAGACAACUCCAAGUUCAAACAUUAUUCCUUUAUCCUCUGCAAUUAUUGAUCAUGAAAUUGAAGUACUGCUUUCUGAAUGGAGUAAAAAUGCUGACAUGCUUUUCAGUAUACAUCCUAUGGAUGGUUCGUUGCUAGUGUGGCAUGUGGACUGGCUGGAUGAAUAUCAGCCUGGCAUGUUUCGCCAGGUGCAGGUGUCAUUUGUCUCAAGAAUUCCAGUUGCAUUUCCAACAGGAGAUGCCAAUUCUCUUUGCAGAAGUAUAGUGAUGUAUGCUUGUACCAAAAAUGUUGACUUGGCUAUUCAGCAAGGCAAACAGAAGCCCCCUGGCCUUACGCGAUCCUCUUCUAUGCUUAUCUGUUCCGGACACAGUAAAUCAACCAACAGUUUAAAAUUAAGUAUCUUCACUCCCAAUGUUAUGAUGAUUUCCAAACAUGCUGAUGGAUCUUUGAACCAGUGGCUAGUGAGCUUUGCUGAGGAAUCUGCUUUUUCAACUGUACUCAGUAUUUCACAUAAAUCUAGAUAUUGUGGACACCGUUUUCAUCUUAAUGAUUUGGCGUGCCAUUCAGUAUUGCCACUGCUGCUGACAACCUCACAUCACAAUGCUCUGAGGUCACCAGAUACUGAGAAUGCAAACCAGACAAGUGACUCUGUAAAAUCUCAGGAGUCACCACUAAGACAUCAGAAUAGAGGCAAUACGAGCGUUGCAUCCCAGGAUCCCAAUGCAGUUUACAGUGAGCUUAUUCUUUGGCGAGUUGACCCUGUUGGGCCACUGUCCUUUUCUGGUGGAGUUUCUGAACUUGCUCGGAUCAAUUCCCUCCAUGUUUCUGCAUUUUCUAAUGUUGCAUGGCUGCCUACGCUUAUACCCAGCUAUUGCCUCGGUGCGUACUGUAAUUCUCCAAGUGCCUGCUUUGUGGCUAGUGAUGGACAGCAUUUGAGAUUAUAUCAAGCUGUAAUAGAUGCUAAAAAGCUUUUGUGUGAGCUCUCCAAUCCUGAAAUUUCUAAGUAUGUUGGUGAGGUUUUUAACAUUGUAAGUCAGCAAUCUACUGCCCGUCCAGGAUGUAUUAUUGAACUGGAUGCCAUAACAGAACUUCACGGAAGGAAAACACAAUUGUUUCAUGUUUUUCAAGAAGACUUUAUUUUAAAUAACCAGGAAAAGGAAACAUCUGAAAUGAAAAGCAAGUUAUCAGAAUCUGGAGGCCAACAUAAUGGAUUUUCUGAAAAAUUCUACUUAAUAGUAAUAGAAUAUACUCAAAGCCACUCAUUACUGCACAUGUGGCACUUACACUUGAAGUCAAUUCCUGUCUCAAUAGAUGAAAAGAUGGAUUCAAAUACAGAUGAAGCAACAACGCAGCAAGAAGGAUUAUAUUCUUCACCAGAUCCAGAGAAGAUACAGUCACCUUUCACUCAGAAAUAUCAGGCUUGUAAAGCAAACCUUCAGAGCACGAGCUGGCUUACUCUUGCCUCAAAAAUGGUUUAUAGUCAAGAGCUGAAUUUGCCAGAAGGAGUGGAGAUUAUAAGUGUUAAGCCAUCAGCAGGACAUCUGAGUUCCUCUUCCAUAUACCCUGUUUGUCAUGCCCCUUAUCUACUGGCUACUUCGUGCUCGGAUGGGAAAGUUCGGUUCUGGAGAUGCAGAGUGACCACUGAAUCAUCAGCUUCUUGCAUGCCAGAAUAUAAUGUACACAGUGAUGUUGCAUAUAUAUGGGAAGAAUGGCCAUUGCUGAUUGAGGAUGGACUUCUUAGUAGUAGUGCCAUUAAUGUUCCAGGAAGGCCAGUUGAAGUUAGUUGCGCGCACACAAACAGAUUAGCUGUAGCAUACAAGCAGACAACAUAUAAAAACAGUCACCAUUCUCAAGACUUUAUUAUGGAUGUUAGUAUUUUUGAAUGUGAAUCUACAGGAGGCUCUUCUUGGAUACUUGAGCAAACUCUUCAUUUAAAUGAAAUAGGCACCAUGUUAGACUCUGCUAUGAGUAUUGAUAGUAAUUUAGUGGCACACAACCGACAAGAGGUUUGUCUGUCUCAUAGUGGGAAUGUUAUACCCAGCACUAAGCACUUGAUUCACUUAGACUGGAUGUCUAGGGAAGAUGGUUCACAUAUUCUAACAGUGGGAAUUGGAUCAAAAUUAUAUAUGUUCGGACAGCUCUCUGGGAAGAUGCAAGAACAAAAUGGUAAAGAACCUGUAGCAGUCUCUCACUGUGGCAAUAUGAAGACUUCAGCUCUCUCUAGGUUUGUUCUACUGCGUUGUGUUGAGUUGAUUUCUUCUGUAGAAGGGUCACCACCUUUUCCAGUCUCCUUGUCUUGGGUGCGAGAUGGCAUUCUUGUAGUUGGAAUGGACUGUGAAAUGCAUGUUUAUUCUCAGUGGCAAACUCCUUCCAAGCAAGAACUAGUUAGUAUGGAUUCUUGCAGUGGAAGUAUAUCGUGUAUAACAAGCGUAAUGAAACAAAGCCAAUCAGCUGCCUCAGAUCUGCAUCCACCAAAACGAACCUUGACCAGGUCUAUGACCAGCCUCGCACAGAAACUUAGUGGGAAAAGAACUGCUUUUGAUCUCUCUGCAGAAAUGGAAGACUCUGGUCUUUUUGAAGCAGCUCAUGCAUUAUCUCCCACUUUACCUCAGUACCACCCAUACCAGUUGUUGGAGCUCAUGGAUCUUGGUAAAGUACGCAGAGCAAAAGCCAUUCUGUCCCAUCUGGUUAAAUGCAUUGCUGGAGAAGUUGUUGCUAUAAAUGAAUCUGAACCCAAUCACGAUAGGAGACUCAGAUCUCUUACCAUCAGUGCUAGUGGAAGCACUUCAAGAGAUCCCAAAACAUUCAGCAAAACGGAGAACACGGACUACAUUGAAAUAGACUCAGUUCCACCACUGCCUUUAUAUGCUUUGCUUGCUGCUGAUGAUGACUCUUCUCAUUCAGAAAAGUCUAAUAAUCUAAAUAAUCAAAAUAAAGAUACACCCAAUGACAAUUACGAAGAUCUUUUUCACAGUUCUGUUGUAAGUACAGAUGAACUUGUAGUAUUUGAUGCAGAGGAAGAUAACACAAAACCAAAGGUCAUUGAUCUUUCUCAGUAUAGUCCAACUUAUUUUGGGCCAGAGCAUGCUCAGGUUCUUUCUCGUCACUUGCUUCAUUCAAGCUUACCAGGUCUCACUAGAAUGGAGCAAAUGUCAUUGAUGGCCUUGGCAGAUACAAUUGCUACUACUAGUACUGACAUUGGAGAAAGCAGAGACAGAAACCAGGGUGGAGAAACUCUUGAUGAGUGUGGCUUAAAGUUUUUGUUAGCUGUUCGGCUUCACACAUUCCUGACAACCUCACUCCCUCCUGUACAUCGAGCUCAACUGGUUCAUCAAGGCUUGUCUACUAGUCAUUUUGCCUGGGCAUUUCAUUCAGUAGCAGAAGAAGAGCUACUGAGCAUGCUACCAGCAAUGCAAAAAGGCGAGCCAACAUGGUCAGAACUCAGAGCUAUGGGAAUAGGAUGGUGGGUCCGAAGUAUCCGUAGCCUGCGGAAAUGCAUGGAAAAGGUGGCUAAAGCAGCCUUUCAAAGAAACAAUGAUCCACUCGAUGCAGCUAUUUUUUACCUUGCAAUGAAAAAGAAGGCUGUAAUCUGGGGAUUAUACAGGUCACAAAAAAAUACUAAAAUGACACAGUUUUUUGGGAAUAAUUUUACUGAGGACAGGUGGCGUAAAGCAGCAUUAAAGAAUGCUUUUUCUUUGCUUGGCAAACAGCGUUUUGAACAUUCUGCAGCAUUUUUCUUGUUGGCAGGACACUUAAAAGAUGCAGUGGAGGUCUGCCUUGAAAAACUGAAUGAUAUUCAGUUGGCUCUUGUAAUAUCAAGACUUUACGAGUCAGAAUUUGAAGUAUCUACUACUUACAAAUCUAUACUACAGAAGAGGAUUUUGGGAAAUGCAUCUGCUGGAAAAGAUAGCUCAGGAAAUAUGCACUGUGAUCCUUUUCUACGAAGUAUGGCUUACUGGAUUUCAGAAGACUAUGGCAAAGCUCUUGACACUUUGAUUAAACAUUCUGUUGGAGAUGAAUGUGAUGAAGGAGAAGGCUCAUCCAACUGUAACCCAUCGGUGUUUAACUUCUAUAACUACCUAAGAACACAUCCUCUCUUGCUGAGACGUCAUUUUGGCUCAUCUGAUGCAUCCUCCACACGUGUUUGUCUAACAGUAGAAAAUGGAUUAGCUGAUAAGAUCAAUCUAGGGGAAAGACGACUGUUUUUCACCACUGCUUACGCUCAUUUAAAAGCUGGUUGUCCUAUGUUGGCUUUAGAGGUAUUAUCAAAGAUGCCAAAAGUAAUUAAGAGGUCCAAGCCGUUUUGCAGCUCACCUAGUCUAAUGGAUACUAGCAAAGACUCUUCACCAUCUUCUCCAGUUAAAGGAUUGGAAGUGAAAGACCAGUCUUCAGCUGUUGACUGGUCACAGCCAGUGCUCAAUGGUCUGGGGUCAUCUUCAGAUUGUUCAUCAGGAAAGCAUUCUAGUUCAGCUCUUUCCUUUGACUGGAGUCAGCCAAGUCUAGUACUGCAAGAUGAACCUUUGGAACUACAAUGGGACAGUGACAAAGAUGAUGAGAGUGAAGAUUCUUCUCUAGUAAUGAAAGAGAUAAAGCCUCUGAAGAAAAGUGAAAAGACAGAUGAAAUAAGUUCUAGCUAUACAGAAUCUUUUAGUGCAAUUGAUGAAAAAGAUAUUUUAAGUCCAUCAGAAGAUAUAAUUUCAGCACAACUGAAGUUCCGAGCAUGCCUGAAAAUUCUUACUGUAGAGCUUCGUACACUAUCCACUGGUUAUGAGGUAGAUGGUGGGAAGCUGAGGUAUCAGCUUUAUCAGUGGCUUGAAAGAGAAGUGGUAGCUCUUCAGAAAACUUGUGAAUACAGUGCUGAAGUGGAGGAGUUACAGUCAGGUAUCGGUGUGAUGCCAGAGGAAGCUGCAUUAACCGAAAAUGUGGAAGACUUACUUGACCAGCCAAAAAAAAUGCUACAGAAAGAAAACUUUCAUAAAAGACGUCAGUGGCUUCUGAAAUACCAGUCACUCCUAAGAAUGUUUCUUAGUUACUGUGUACUUCACGGCUCUCAUGGUGGAGGCUUGGCAUCUGUCAGAAUGGAAUUAAUAUUGCUGUUGCAGGAAUCUCAGCAGGAACAGUCAGUACAGACUCCUCCAAGCCCUCCACCAGAGCAAAGCUCCAUACCUCUUUUAUUUGCUUGCACAGCUAGUGCCAAAACAGUGGUGGCUAAUCCAUUGCUACAUCUUGGUAACUUAACUCAUGAUAUAUUACAUGCCAUAAUAAACCUUGACUCACCACCCCAUCCAGAUACUCAGAACAAUAAGAUAUAUGUUAUGCAUACCUUAGCAGCAUCACUGUCUGCUUGCAUCUACCAAUGUCUUUGUGAUGGCCACAGCUACAGUUCAUUACAAGCAAAUCAGUUCACUGGGACAGUGUAUCAGACCUUGCUUCUAACUCAGCGUCAUUCUCUAAGAACGACAAGCUUAGAUGAAACAGUGACACCCAAUACAUCACCUGCUCAGUGGCCAGGAAUAACAGCUCUAAUACGUCUCUUGACUUCUGCUGGUGAAGAAGCCCAGCCAGGUCUCACAGUUUUACUGUGUGAAAUUCUAACUGCAGUUUAUCUUAGUCUCUUCAUCCGUGGCCUAGCAACACACUCCAGCAAUGAAUUGUAUAGAAUUUUGGCUCAUCCGCUUAAUGACAAAAUGUGGUCUGCUGUCUUCGGAGGAGGAGCUCAUACUUCCAGCAGAGAACAGAUGCAAGUGAAGACAAAAGCUGAUGAUGGAGAGAAGCAGCAAAAGCAUUUCAAGCCUUCAUCAAAAACCUCUUCAAAAGAGAAUUCUCAGUUAUCUUCAUUGCCGCUGGUAGAGCAGGAAUCUCCAUCUUACAAGGAAAAAUUUAUUCCUCCUGAGCUUAGCAUCUGGGAUUAUUUUGUUGCAAAGCCUUUUCUUCCAUCACAAAGCAGAGUGGAAUAUGACUCAGAAGAGAGUCAGGAAAGUGAUGAGGAUGAUGAUAUUGAUGGGGAAGUGUAUUUAUCAAGUUCACAUAAUCAAGAGCAUACUAAUUCAAAUUCUUACAGUUGGUCACUGAUGCGACUGGCAAUGGUUCAGUUGGUACUUCACAAUUUGAAGACUUUCUACCCUUUGGCUGGGCAUGAUCUUUCAGAGCUCCCAGUUAGCUCCCCAAUAUGCCAUGCCGUUCUGAAAACACUACAGCGCUGGGAACAAGUCCUUCUCCGACGUCUUGAGCUGUAUGGGGGUCCACCUCAACAUUAUAUUUCAGUUCAUGCCUCUGAGGAUGCAUUAGCUGCUGGUCCUGCACUACUUCGUCAUAAAACUUUACUUGAGCCUGCAAACACUCCAUUCAGAUCUAAUGGUCAUGUUGCACUAUCAGUGAAGAGGCUGUGGCAGUACUUGGUUAAACAAGAGGAAGUCCAGGAAACUUUUAUCAGAAAUAUUUUUACAAAGAAGCGAUGCCUAAAUGAGUCAUUAGAGGACCACAAUGAAACCAUGAAAAAUUCAGUGGUGGAAGAGCCCAUCGUCAGUAAGAUAGAAACAGAUCUGGGAUAUCCAGGAGGAAAGGCAAGAAUAAUUCAUAAAGAAUCUGACAUCAUUACUGCUUUUGCCGUCAAUAAAGCAAAUCGAAACUGCAUUGCCAUUGCAUCAAGUCAUGACAUUCAAGAAUUAGAUGUUUCUGCAAUUUUAGCUACACAAAUCUAUACCUGGGUUGAUGAUGACAUAGAAGCAGAAAAUAAAGGGGCUGAUGAUUUUCUAGUUAUACAUGCUCGAGAUGACCUGGUAAAUGUUCAGGGGACAACUCCGUAUACUCACAGUAAUCCUGGCACGCCUAUCAACAUGCCUUGGCUUGGGAGCACCCAGACAGGACGGGGUGCUUCUGUGGAAUAUUCCAAUAAAUUUAAUGGAAUCAGAAAGGAAUUGGCAGGAAAAGAGAUGCUCAAGAAAGCUAUUAAUAAUGUCAGAAGAAUGGCUUCUCAUCCAACAUUACCAUAUUAUCUGACAGGUGCUCAAGAUGGUAGUGUAAGAAUGUUCGAAUGGGGUCAUGCACAGCAAAUCACAUGUUUUCGCUCUGGUGGCAAUUCAAGAGUUACUCGAAUGAGAUUCAAUUACCAAGGAAAUAAGUUUGGAAUUGUUGAUGCUGAUGGAUAUAUCAGUUUAUAUCAAACAAACUGGAAGUGUUGCCCCCUUACUGGAACCUCACCGAAACCAUAUUUGACCUGGCAGUGUCAUAAUAAAACAGCCAAUGACUUUGUUUUCAUCAGUUCAUCAUCUUUGAUAGCAACAGCAGGAUUGUCUACAGACAACAGAAAUAUUUGUCUUUGGGAUACUUUGGUUUCACCUACCAAUAGCCUGGUGCAUGGUUUUAUUUGUCAUGAUAGUGGAGCAACUGUGCUGGCAUAUGCUCCAAAGCAUCAGCUGCUAAUAUCUGGAGGCAGAAAAGGCUUUACCUGUAUCAUUGAUCUUCGCCAAAAACAGCAGCAACAAUUACUCCAGAGUCAUGAUUCUCCAGUCAAAGCAAUUGCUAUUGAUCCUACAGAAGAGUAUUUUGUCACAGGAUCUGCUGAAGGCAACAUAAAGGUGUGGAGUCUGUCUACCUUUAAUCUCCUUCACACUUUCAUCAAUGAGCAUGCUCGACAGUCCCUCUUCAGAAACAUUGGGACAGGGGUCAUGCAAAUUGAGGCAGGACCAGCAAAUCACAUAUUCUCCUGUGGUGCUGAUGGAACAGUAAAGAUGAGAAUCUUGCCUGAUAGAUUCAGCCCUUUAAAUGAAGUGUUAAAAAAUGAUGUGAAGUUUAUGAUCUAAUACUUAAUACAGUAUGUAAAAAUUCCCCUGCCAUCACCCCCAAAUACUUUUCCUGUAAUAGCCAACAAAGCAAAUAGACUAUGAUAGAGCAUGCCACAAAGAUACUGCUUUUUUGUUUUGUUUUGUUUUUCAUAUUUAUUAUCUGGAGCUUUUAGUCCCUAAUGCACUGAUGCCUUAAAGAUUAACAAAAUCCUUCAGAUUUUGAUAGUUGCCUAAAAUAACUAUAUGUGACACUGAAUUAUAUACUUACAAUAUUCUUAAGGUGUUGCUAAAGUGGUUUACUCUUCCUGUUUUGGUAGUUAUACUCCCUUAGGGAGUGUACCAUCUGGGCAUGGCCUCUGCUUAUAUUCACCUGGCCUGUCUUGGAAACCAGGUCCAGAUGGAAACCUUGCAUAAUGUUGUCCUUUCACUGUGUGGCAACCUCUCUCU